AUGUCAAAAGAAGGAUAUGUUAAUAGCAUGGAAACUUAUGAAUUUGCAUACAUGUGGACAAUUAAAAACUUCGGUCAAUGGGCCAAGCCAAAAAUUAUAUCACCAAGCUUUUCAUCUCAUUAUUCUGACGCUAAUGAUGAAUGGGUUUUGCAAAUAGAACGUUCAGGCCAACAUCUAUGGAUGAGGGUACAACUUCAAUCAUUUAAUAAUUUUUCACAUUAUUUAUUAAAAGCAGAAUGUGAAAUAUCAAAUAAAGAUGAUGAUAUAUUAUGUACAUGUGGUACACAUAGAUUCAAUCAAUCACCGCAAAUAGUUAUAUUCAAUGCAACACAACAAUUGAGUGCAGAUUUGAAAAAACUUUUGUCAAAUGAACAAUUAUCUGAUGUUACAAUUCAAGUGGGUCAAAAAUCAUUUCCUGCCAUCAAAGGAAUUCUUGCAGUACGUAGUCCUGUUUUUUUUGCAAUGUUUAGUCAUGAACAAUUAAAAGAAAAUCAAAAAAACGAAGUUGUCAUUGAAGAUAUUGAUGAAGAUGUUUUUGAAGAAUUUUUAUAUUUUAUUUAUACUGGUAAAUCACUAAAUAUUGAAAAAAUGCCAAUGGAACUACUUGCUGUUGCUGAAAAAUAUCAGGUUGAUUAUCUUAAAAAUAUAUAA